CUGUUUCCUUUUGAUUUUGUGUGCUAUGCAGGUGAUUUUCCCCAGCUCUGGAGAACGUUAUUUAUCUACUGCACUCUUUGAUUCCAUUAGGAGAGAGGCGGAAAACAUGACUUUUUAGUGAUGUCUUUAUAUGUCCAUUUCGCUGUGCUGGUUUACUGAAAGAAUAAGAAACUUGCUAAUGAAAUGUUUGCAGUGUUUAUGAACAACUUAUUUUAUUUAUGAGACUUUAUUUCAUUCAUCAAAUAAUAUAGUAAACAAGUUGAAUGGAGUAGUAAAAUUUUAAAGUUUAUAUAAUUUAAUACUGUCAGAAUUAAGGUUGCAUGGUGUAGUAUAUAUUCAUGUUUUCCUCCAUUAAUUGCAAACCAAGUGUGAAGAACAGAUAUAAGAACACAAGAAGAAUUCUCUUCCUUUUCCCUCUCCAUUCUAUCUUUCUUUGCGUGCUUUGAGAGUGUGGGUUUGUUCCAUUUGUGAGUGGUGUUUGAGUGUGUGAAGGCCCAUCGACUUCCAAUAAUGUGGUACAGAGACAAUUGGUUCAUGGAGAGAAUGGUGCUUGCCAAAAUGGGAUGAUUCCAUUUCAGUUGAUUAAGAAAAAUUUGAUAAUUGAUUAUCCGAAUGAAGUCGUUACUUGGAUUAUAUGAUGCAUGGGAGAUUCAUUGCGGACAGGCUGAGAUCUGGAGGCAGAUUACUGUUGCUGGAGACACUUGUACUGAAGUGACAGAUUGUAUAAGUCAAGUUUUAGGACUUCAUAUUCUGGGUUGGUUGAGCCGGCUUGCUUUCCCUCCUCCUCGAUGUUUAUUAGUUCUUCCACCUCGGCCUCUCUCUUGUGGUGUUUUCCCUAAUUUUGAUUCCAUAUUUGUUCCUCGAGAUAAAGAUGUGUCUAAUUGUGAAGGCUCUGCUGACCUGCAUCAUAGCCCUUCAAUUGUUGAAUUUGAUGAGACGUCAUCACAAAUAUCUUGUCGUGACGCUCAGUCUUCGAGUGAAUUGUCAAUCCCCAAGAGUCCUCCUGUUUUGCUAAAAGGUAGCGUAACAACUUUAAACGUGGAUGUGCUUGAGCAGACAGUGUUGCCUCUUCAAAAUCAGCUUCUUACCCAUCUUGAAUCAAUGAAUCUGCUUCAACACAAGUCCAUGACACAGGUGGUGGAAUCUACUUUUAUCGUUUUGGAUCGUCUAUUAGUUAAUUAUACACCUUUUCAAGAGCGUGUGAAGGAGUUCAUUGCCUGUGCAUCAUCAUUUGCUGAUAUAGAGUAGUCCAUCAACAACAAACAUUCUUUUCAAGAGUUGAUGGAGCGGUACCAUAGUGAGAAAGUAAGGUAUAUAAGCAAAGUGGCUACUAUAAGCAACAAUAGUGUAGCUGUGUAGCAUCUAUCCAUUUUGGCUAUACCACUUCACAAAUUUCUUUGUUUGUGCCAUCUAUAAAUUUGAAAGCAAAAUGGACCUGUGAACUGUGAAGUUUCACUUAGCAUUUCUGAUUUCACUAGUUCCUGAUUCCUUAUCUGGCAAGUGCUGCUUGGACUGGAGUUGGUGAUCCAUUGUAUUAUUAUGUGGUUAUUUUACAUAAAUACUUGCUUGCAUGCUUCUUUGUAUAUGUAUAUUGAUAGAGUAUGCAAUGAUGUAUAUUGAUUUCUUAUAGAAAAGAAUUGGCAAAUGUGCUUUCUGGUUUUAUGAUGAUGUUACUCUUGAGUUCUUGUUUUAAAGCUAUUGUCAUUUUCUGAUUGCAGUCAUUGCUCUGUGACCCAAACCCAAAUUCUCCUGCAAAUUCAGAAGCUGCACGGAUGUUUAGUGAGAACAAACGUGAAUAUAAUAGGAGAGUACGUGAGAUUGUUGAGCAGAGUUGGACUGCUGAUUAGUCAUCAUGAUUAGGUGUUUUGGAACUUCAAAAUAGCCCAAUGGUCUGUUUAAAUAACGAUGGGACUCAACCAUGGUGUUGUGAACUCCUUGACUUUGAUUAUGUUAUAUGUUUGCUUGGCUUUUGUGUUUGCUUUUUUAUUCCUGAAUGCUACUUGUACCUGAUACGCUGCAUUCUUCUUAAUAUUUCGCAUAUAAAAUUUCUGUUUACUGUCUCA